AUGUCCAAAUCAAAUGCCCUUAGAAACUCAUUCAUCCCCAAAAGAAGUCCCAUAGUCAUCUCAAGAAUCCUGCAAAGACUCACAACGGAUUCAUUAAUAAACAUUUGCUUAUUAUGGUGUUCAAUGCCAUUAACACAACCAAGACCAUCUUUGGAAAUAUUAGAAGAAUUGGAAACUGAUUUAGACCAAUAUAUCCAGGAUUUCAAGGUUUUGUUACAAUCAUAUAAAGAUAAAACCAAAAAUACCAACAAAAGAAGAAUAAUUGAUAAAUUAUUAGUUGAUAUUUAUCCAAAUGGGUUGAAUUUACUACAAUAUGCACAGAUUGAUUCACAAUUAAUAGUGGAGAAAUCCCAAGGAUUCUUAUGGCAAGUUUCCCAACUGGUUAAUAGUCAAGAUGAACCACACGUUUUAAACCUACAUGAUCCUCAAUUGUUUUUGGAAAGACUAGUUCUUGGAUUAUCAAAUUAUUUCAUGAAUCAUAUUUAUAUAUCACAUCAUCCUCAUUACCCUUUAACAAUCAUCAGAAUCCAAUUAUUUGACCUAUUACACACCUCCACCACUUCAAACUCCAUAAACAACUCACUCGUGUCAAGGAAACCGUUCCUGAUCUCACUACCUCACAACUCAUCAAACAUUAUACAUUCACCCAUAACAAAUGAUCAAACAUCUUCAAUAAUACUACAAUCAAUAUCAUUCGCUCUGUCUUCCCCAACAAAACAACUAAGAAUCAUAUCUAACCCUUCCUCAACACUAUUGAAAAGCUUGGAAAGUCUACACAUCAUCCAUGGUAAUUCAAGAUUCUCAUCAUCUUUAGGCAUAUGGACGCCCUACGCAGAUGGGGCCAUUGAUAUUUCCCCCUUUGAUGAUCCUGAGACUCAUCAAACUUUACAAAAAGAGGAGACUCCGAUGGAUCUGGAUGAGAAGAGGUGUAAGGUUGCACAGUUGAGGUUUAAAGGAUCCCUUGAUGGGUUGCAAAGUGAUGUGUUGUAUGAAGAUAAUAAACCAUUCAAGAAGAGGAAAGUUAAUGAAGAGUUGAGAAAUAUCGAUAAGAAUGAAUACAGUUCAAUCACACCUAUACAGACUGCCCAAUUUGAAUUGAUUAGUGAUUUCAAUAAUGAGAGACCUAGGUUGAAAUUGAGAUUUAAUGGGAAUGACGUAUUUGCAGGAUUACAUGAACUAUGUGCAGAUGGGUUAAUAAAUCCAGAGACCAUUCCAGGUUUCCUAACGGGGGAAGAAGGUUUACAAAAUGGGGUUGUUGAGGAUGGUGUGUUUAUUCCCAAACAAGCAGGGGCACAAUAUAUAAAUGGUGGGUUGAUUUAA